UAGUACAUUUACGUAAUGAAAGACUUAUUCGUAAAACUGUACGCUUUUAGCGCAGGUUUAGUAGUUGGAACUUUCCCGUUAGUUGAUGCGCUUGGUGGCGCAGUGGGCGAGACUUGGUGGUUUUCCGUAGCAGAGACGUUAGAGGGGAGGAAGGUUCUGGAAGCGCCGGCGGCGGUUGGGCUGAGAGAAAAGGAGCAGUUUCGCAAACUAUUCAUUGGUGGCUUGAGCUUUGAAACAACAGAAGAAAGUUUGAGGAACUACUAUGAGCAAUGGGGGAAACUUACAGACUGUGUGGUGAUGAGGGAUCCUGCAAGCAAACGAUCGAGAGGAUUUGGUUUUGUAACAUUCUCCUCCAUGGCUGAAGUUGAUGCAGCCAUGGCUGCAAGACCUCACUCAAUUGAUGGAAGGGUAGUUGAGCCAAAACGAGCAGUAGCCAGAGAGGAAUCUGGAAAACCUGGUGCUCAUGUUACUGUGAAAAAGCUGUUUGUUGGUGGAAUUAAGGAAGAUACUGAGGAACACCACCUUCGAGAUUAUUUUGAGGAAUAUGGGAAAAUUGACACUAUUGAAAUAAUUACAGAUAGACAAUCUGGUAAAAAGAGAGGUUUUGGCUUUGUUACAUUUGAUGACCAUGAUCCUGUGGAUAAAAUUGUAUUGCAGAAAUACCACACCAUCAAUGGCCAUAAUGCAGAAGUAAGAAAAGCUUUAUCUAGACAAGAAAUGCAAGAAGUUCAAAGUUCUAGAAGUGGAAGAGGAGGUAACUUUGGCUUUGGGGAUUCACGUGGAGGUGGUGGCAACUUUGGUCCAGGACCAGGAAGCAACUUCAGAGGAGGAUCUGAUGGAUAUGGAAGUGGUCGUGGAUUUGGUGAUGGAUACAAUGGAUAUGGUGGAGGACCAGGAGGUGGCAAUUUUGGAGGUAGUCCUGGUUAUGGAGGAGGAAGAGGAGGAUAUGGUGGUGGAGGACCUGGAUAUGGCAACCAGGGUGGGGGCUACGGAGGUGGUUAUGACAACUAUGGAGGAGGCAAUUAUGGAAGUGGAAACUACAAUGAUUUUGGAAACUAUAACCAACAGCCCUCAAACUAUGGUCCAAUGAAGAGUGGAAAUUUUGGUGGUAGCAGGAACAUGGGGGGACCAUAUGGUGGAGGAAACUAUGGUCCAGGAGGCAGUGGAGGAAGUGGUGGAUAUGGAGGGAGGAGCCGUUACUGAGCUUCUGCAAACUUGCCAUGGGCUUCACUGUAUAAAUAGGAGAGGAUGAGAGCCCAGAGGUAACAGAACAGCUUCAGGUUAUCGAAAUAACAAUGUUAAGGAAACACUUACUCAGUCAUGCAUAAAUAUGCAGUGAUAUGGCAGAAGACACCAGAGCAGAUGCAGAGAGCCAUUUUGUGAAUGGAUUGGAUUAUUUAAUAACAUUACCUUACUGUGGAGGAAGGACUGUAAAAAUGCCUGAGACAGUUUCUUAGCUUUUUAAUUGUUGUUUCUUUCUAGUGGUCUUUGUAAGAGUGUAGAAGCAUUCCUUUGAUAAUGUUAAAUUUGUAAGUUUCAGGUGACAUGUGAAACCUUUUUUAAGAUUUUUCUCAAAGUUUUGAAAAGCUAUUAGCCAGGAUCAUGGUGUAAUAAGACAUAACGUUUUCCUUUUAAAAAAAAUUUAAGUGCGUGUGUAGAGUUAAGAAGCUGUUGUACAUUUGAUUUAAUAAAAUAAUUCUAAAGGAAAUACUGUGUAAUUAUAGAUUUUUUUUUUAAAAAAAAAAUAUAUAUAUAUAUAUACAUAUAUUGUAAAAUAAGGCAAGGAGUGGGUAGUAUAAGGUCCCACAAAUAAUACAAAGCUGUUGUUGUACAUGUAAAAUUAAAUGCUGGUCAGAAAAAGUAUGUUGUCUGUAAAUUAUCAGGUUUAAAAUAUCUAGAUAACUUAAGGGAUAUCUCUGCAAGGAGAAACACCUUUUUAGAUCUUUUAGAUGCUGCUUCUUCAAUGGCAAGGAAAGGAAAUAUCCCCAGCGAGGUACUCUUCCAGGGACACAGGUCUAGUACAAGAGAACUCUUGAAAACGGCACUAAGUUCAGCCAGUCUUAAAAAGCUGCGCUGUAUUUCUGCAAAGCUUUAACUACCGUAGUUUUAUAAGGAUGCCAACGAAGGCUGAGGGUGUAGAGCAAAAUAGUUCUAAGCUUCAGUUAAACUUCUUUAGCUUUGAUAUGAGCCAUCGACAAGCAUAGACUGCUGCUACUGUACACUGCUACAGUUGAAAAAUGAGACCUGCAAGUGUCCGUUAGUAAAGUUUUUGCAAGGGUUCCAUAUCCCGUGUUGGUAGUUAAAAUGGAAGGUGCCAUGCUGCAGGUAACAAAUGAAGAAGUGGUCAUCCACAGACAUGCUUCAAGAAAUAUGAAAUUCUGAAUCAUCAGAAAAUAAUUGCUUUUUCUGGCUUCAUUAAAAAUCUAUAGGUUAAAUUAAUCCUGAUAAUAAAACAUCUCAGUUAGUACAGUGUCCUGUAAUGCUGGGGUUUUUAAAAAUGAUAGUAAUAAGAACUGUCUGUAAAUGUCUUGAAUAAAAUUCAGGUGGGCUAGGAAAAGCAGACCUCUAAUGUUAUGAAAUAGAAAAUGUUCUGUGAAGAGAAACAUUAAAUAUAUAUUUUUAAAUUUUCAUAGCUUUAAAAUAAAAUAUUUUAUAC